UUUUUCACUUCUUUUUUGAACGAAGAUUUUUUUUUUAUUUUUUUGAAGAGCUAAUUGUAUAAAGAGGGAAUUUUUUUGAGUGAAUACUUUUUUUAUUUUUUUUUUCUUAAGGGAAAAGGCGUCCCUUUUGUGUGUGUACUUUUUUGUGCCAAUUUUUCCAAUAUAAAAAAGAAAAAAGCGGAAAUGCCAGCUUCUCUCUCUUAAGAAGGGGGCAAAAAUCAAUUUUAUUUUUUUAUAAUUUUCCAAUAUUUUUUGACAGAUUGAAACAAUUCUUUCUUUUUUUCACAAAGACUGCUUUGCUUUAAACAACAAAUUAAUUUUAAAAAAUAUAUAUUUUGACUACAGAAAUUUUAAACAACAAAAAUGGCUUGGGUCAAUCAAGGAAUGCAAGCGUUAAUUCCGUUAAUUAAUAGAAUUCAGGAUGCUUUCUCUCAACUCGGUACUACACUAAAUUUUGACUUACCCCAGAUUGCUGUCGUUGGAGGGCAGAGUGCUGGCAAAUCUUCUGUUUUAGAAAAUUUUGUUGGAAAAGAUUUUUUGCCUCGUGGUAGCGGAAUAGUGACUAGAAGACCUUUAAUUUUACAAUUAAUUAAUGACCCGAGAGCUGAAUAUGCCGAGUUUCUUCACAAAAAAGGACAUAAAUUUGUUGAUUUUGAUUUGGUUCGAAAAGAAAUUGAGGAUGAAACUGACCGUGUUACUGGUGCAAAUAAAGGAAUUUCACAAAUUCCGAUUAAUUUGCGUGUCUUCAGUCCACAUGUUCUCAAUUUGACAUUGAUUGACUUACCUGGACUCACAAAAGUACCUGUUGGUGACCAACCAGUCGAUAUUGAACAUCAAAUCCGAGACAUGAUAUUAACAUAUAUAACUAGAGAGACUUGCCUUAUUUUGGCUGUAACUCCAGCAAAUAGUGAUUUGGCAACUUCUGAUGCUUUAAAACUUGCUAGGGAAGUUGACCCGCAGGGAUUGAGAACAAUUGGAGUUUUGACCAAAUUGGAUUUGAUGGACGAGGGGACUGAUUCUAGAGAUAUUCUUGAAAAUAGGCUUUUUCCGUUACGAAGAGGCUAUGUUGGAGUAAUUAAUCGAAGUCAAAAAGAUAUUGUUGGUCGAAAAGAUAUUCGUGCAGCUUUGGAUGCUGAACGGAAAUUUUUCUUGUCUCAUGCUUCCUAUCGACAUAUGGCUGAACGAAUGGGAACCCCAUUUUUACAAAAAACGCUCAAUCAACAAUUAACUAAUCAUAUAAAAGAUACUUUGCCAACAUUAAGAGAUAGUCUUCAGAAAAAGUUAUAUUCAAUGGAAAAGGAAGUACAAGAAUAUAAACAAUUUCAAUUUAAUGACCCUUCGAGAAAGACUAAAGCUCUGAUGCAAAUGGUGCAACAAUUCACUGCUGAUAUGGAGCGUUCAAUUGAAGGUUCUUCAGCGCGCUUAGUUAGUACAAACGAGCUUUCUGGUGGUGCACGUAUCAAUCGUCUUUUCCAUGAGCGUUUUCCUUUUGAAAUUGUUAAAAUGACAAUUGACGAGAAAGAAAUGAGACGAGAAAUACAAUUUGCUAUUAGAAAUAUUCAUGGAAUUCGUGUUGGUCUAUUUACACCUGAUAUGGCCUUUGAAGCAAUUGUAAAAAAGCAAAUUGAACGUUUAAAAGAACCUUCACUUAAAUGCGUUGAUUUAGUCGUUAAUGAAUUAGCUAGUGUUGUUAGAGGUUGUGCAGAAUGUGUGAACCGUUAUCCUCGGUUGCGGGAUUGUGUUGAACAAAUUGUUACAAAUUAUAUGAGACAACAAGAGGCUUUUGCAAAACAACAAAUUUUAAUGAUAGUUGAUUAUGAGUUGGCCUAUAUGAAUACCAACCAUGAGGACUUUAUUGGGUUUUCAAAUGCCGAAGCUAAAGCCUCUUCAACUAGCACAAAAAAGAAUUUAGGCAAUCAAGUAAUUAGGAAAGGAUGGCUUUCUGUGCACAAUAUUAGUUUUGUUCGGGGUUCACGAGAAUGCUGGUUUGUGUUAACUUCUGAAAGUCUUUCUUGGUUUAAAGAUGACGAGGAAAAAGAAAAGAAAUAUAUGUUGCCUUUGGAUGGAAUUAAAUUGAAGGAUUUGGAAGCUGGUUUCAUGUCUCGACAACACAAAUUUGCGUUGUUCUACCCCGACGGAAAGUAUGUUUUUUAA